AGUACUACACCUUCCUCUCUGUCCCUCUCACAGAUUAUGUCAUUAAACCCCAGAAUGUCAUUCUUGGAUCAGAUGAAGCUGCCGUGUUUGAUUGAUCUCAGUCUCAUAUUGAUCCUGGCCUCUUUUACAAAAGGUGAAACCUGGAAUAUUUCAGUCGCAGGAAACAUAAAUACAUCAUGGGGCUCAGACGUGACCAUACCAUGUACGUUUACCUAUCCGCCCGAACAACGCACUGACAAUGUUGAAGUUUACUGGAAAAAACUUGAGAAAAGUAAAUUUAAUAUCAAUGACAAAGACAAAAAUGCAUUUAUUUUUCACACGAAUGACACAUAUGUGCUUGACAAGUACAAAGGAAAAACCAAGCUCAUUGGAGAUAAAGACAAAGGAAACUGCUCUCUCAAGAUCAUGAAGAUCACGGAAAGGAUGCAAAAUAUCUACGUGAGAGUUAUAGGCAAGAAUGACAACUACAGUUUCAACAAAAACUUAGUCUCCAUUUCUGUAAUUGGUAUCGAGUCAGUAACUCUUGACCGAGAUAUAACACCUGUAAGCACAAUAUCAAGCCCAAUAUCCACCAUUGAAACAACAGAAAAGAGUAUGAAUUCAUCACAAAUGUAUCUGGCCAUCUUUAUACCAGUUGCUGCACUUUUGAUCAUUAUUUUUGUCACUGGAAUUGUCCUCUACAUAAAAUGCAAAAGGUCGCAGUCAUUCACCAGGCAGGAAUCUGGAUAUUAUGCAAAUUUUAGCACAGCAUCAUCAAACCAAGUCAAAAGAGAACCUUUUAGCGAAAAACAAGACGACAAGAAACUUCCUGAACCAAAGGCAAUUGAUGAACCUGUCUACAUCAACAUUGAGGCCCCUCCAGGUCAGAUGGAUCAAAGAAUGGAUCACACAGACAACAUAUAUGCAAAUGUGGAUUAUUCAGAUAGGGGAAAAGCGGCACCUCACUAAUUUUAACAUUUUAAUUUUAAAAUGAAUUUGAUAUAUCUGCAUUGAUUUGCACACAUGCUCAUAUAUAUAUAUGAUAUAUAUUUGUGUGUGUGUGGGCGGCAUGGUGGUGCAGUGGUUAGCCUCACAGCAAGAAUGUCGUGGGCUCAAACCCUUUCUGUGUGGAGUGUUUCUGCAUGUUCUUCCCGUAUCUGCGUUCUCUCCGGGUGCUCCGGCUUCCUCCCACUGUCCAAAGACAUGCGGCCUAGGUUGAUUGGUGACCCUAAAUUGUCCUUAGGUAUAAGCGUGAGUGGUUGUUUGUCUAUGUGUGGCCCUGCAAUGGACUGGCGACCUGUCCAGAGUGUACCCUGCCUUUCGCCCAGUAGGAUGUAUGACAAUAGUGUUAUUUAAUCACAAGGAUGAAAGGAUGCACAGCUCCCUCUAAGAAAGAUACACACAAAGAUACACAGACACACAAAAUCAUGCCUGUAAGUAGUCAUCACAGCAGCCUUGUAGAGAUUGGGAUGUUGAACAACCCAGUUAUCAAACCACACCACAAAACAACCACAAAGAGAGACAAAACCAGAAAGAGACAUGACAUGACCACAAGGAGAUUAAAAAUGACCACAAUGAGAUGGAAAGCAACAAGAAAGACUCAUCUCUUACAAUAGAGUCAUACUAGGAAGGGAUGUCUUGAAAGCCAGUGUGGACAGAAAGAUUGAAGAGAAAGUUUCCAGAAACCAAGUACUCUUCCAAUUUACAUACAGAAUGCAUUUCGUUUACCCUUUUGUUAAGGUACCUAGCGCACUGUCCUAGAACUUAAAAGUGGAGCUAGAAACACUGCAGUCCAUCGAUUGUUAAAAGGAAUCGUCACUUCUUGCGCAACAAAUGACUCACAAACCUGCCUUUUUUAAAUAUCCCAUCGAUUAAGACAACGCUUGCUGCCUGGAGCCUCUUCUCAAACAAAGCUUGUCUCUUUCUUGUAAUAAAGAGGCCCAUGCCGUGAACAAAUAACACAAAGCCUUUAAUGUCUUCCGUUGUGUUCUUGUGUUCCUUUGUUUACUGCAGCUAAUACUAUCCGAUAACAACCCUGCAUUUACUCUCUACAAUGGAAACUCAAACAGAUCUAUGGUUUAGGUACAUGCUGGUAUGGGUUAUGUAUAGGUAAAGAAUGGUCAGGGUGGUCGGGUGGUUUCAUGUAACAUGUCUCACAUUUAUGCAGGACACUAGAGAUUGUGUCCCUUCACAGACCUGCAAUUAAUGUUCAUUAUUUUGCUUUUCACGGUUACUUUUUGGGGCUUAUAUGUUACAGUACAAUAAACACUGAGGCUCAAAAAUGUUAGCAUGCCAAUGUUAGUGCUGUACUUCCCCACUGAGUGAUACAGGAAAGGAUAUCAAGAAUGUAGCCCAUCAGUUUUGCAAGUUUAUCUCAUGAUGCGAGUUGUGUUUUCUGUGGAAUUUAUUAAUGUUGUCUUCUAAUGUAGCCAACGCACCCAUGGAGAGAGGAGUCAAAGUCUGUAUAUCUUCACUUGACACAUUUUGGGUUUAGUGAAAUGAUACACAGUGUUUUUUUCCAGUCUUUCUCAAUGUGUUUGCCAGUUCACUUCUUGAGUCAUCUGUGCUGGAGCUGAAACUUCUGUUUUCUUUUCUAAUUCAGUUUCCUAUUGAGUAAUUACUUGUGAUGUGACAUUUAAUUUAUCUGCUGUACCAAAAAUAAAGGCUUAAAAGUGGA